GAUUAGCUGGCAACAAGUUCAGGGUGUACCCGUUCCCUGCCCGUUGACAGCUGGGAUAGCCUCCUGGAUGGUUUUCAUGAUCAACUCGCAAUCCGUUGUGGGGAAACAUUUCUAGGUGGCAGUGUUGUCAAUAUUGUUUUGUUGGCCGACUCACAACAUAGAAGAAGAAAAGGAACAUGGCGGAACGCGGAUACAGUUUCUCUUUGACCACAUUUAGCCCUUCUGGUAAACUGGUACAGAUUGAAUAUGCACUAGCUGCUGUCGCUGCUGGAGCCCCUUCAGUCGGUAUUAAAGCUUCCAACGGAGUUGUCCUGGCAACAGAAAAGAAACAGAAGUCUAUUCUGUAUGAUGAGCAGAGUGUUCACAAAGUAGAGCCCAUCACCAAGCAUAUAGGCAUGGUGUACAGUGGCAUGGGGCCUGACUACAGGGUUUUGGUCCGACGAGCCAGGAAGUUGGCACAACAGUACUUCCUUGUAUACCAAGAACCAAUCCCCACUGGCCAGCUUGUACAGCGAGUGGCAUCUGUAAUGCAGGAAUACACACAGUCUGGCGGCGUGCGUCCAUUUGGGGUGUCAUUGUUGAUAGCUGGAUGGGAUGAAGACCAGCCCUACUUGUUCCAAUCAGAUCCCUCAGGGGCAUAUUUUGCAUGGAAAGCCACAGCGAUGGGAAAGAACUACGUUAACGGAAAAACAUUCCUUGAGAAAAGGUAUAACAAUGAUUUAGAAUUGGAAGAUGCCAUCCACACAGCCAUCCUGACAUUAAAGGAGAGUUUUGAAGGUCAGAUGACUGAGGAGAACAUCGAGGUUGGCAUCUGCAACGAGGCCGGCUUUAAGAGACUCACCCCGGCAGAAGUGAAAGACUACCUGGCAGCCAUUGCAUGAGCACUCAAUGCUCAUGUCAAUAUUUAGACACAAAAAUGUAGUAGCCAGCAACUGCAUAAAACAUAUUCCUCUAUAAAGUGACCUUUUAUGUCAUUUCUAAGAUGAUAAAAUGUUUUGGGGAUUUAUAUACUGACUAAAAGCUGUGUGCAAGUAAUAAUUAGGGUGUCCUCCUCAACUCAAAUUGCUAUAUGAUAACCCAUUGACAAUAAAAAGUUUUCUCAUACUACUUUUAUUCGCCUAAUUGGCAGUGUUAUGGGAUACACGUAAAAUGUGAUGGUUGGCUACUGCAUGCCUACUUAUGUGGUGAUCUCUUAAGUAAAACCUCUUCCACUGACAGCAGAUAUCCCUCGACUCAUAAGUCAACCGAAGUCGGCAUGAUCAAGAUGCUUGAUAUUAGCCCUCUUCAACAUAAGGUUGCGUGUCUAGCAGUUUUAAGAAAUGUCCCUCUUUUUUUUUUUUUUUCAUUUUUUUACUAGGAAGGAUUCCGUU